UCGAAGUGCGAUGUCAAACAGCUGACGGCAUGUUAAACGGAAAGAAAACAAAACUGUUGUUAAAAAGUCUCUCAGAACUGAAAACACCAUAAACGUGUUUCUGUUUUAAUCAACGAGAGAAGCAAAACAAACAAACGUUCAAUUACUUUGUGUUACAAAUGUCGAGUAUCAAACAUGGCUGAAGAUACGUUGAAGAACUGGAGUCCUUACGCCAAAGAGUACAAUCCUUUACAAGCGGGUAGCAUUGACGGGACGGACACCGAACCCCACGACAGGGCCAUUAGCAGAGCGAUCGCGAGCCACUACGAGCCACCGCGCAAUUUGGAGUCUAAUCCAGAGAGAACUUUGUUCGUAGCCAAAUUCGGUCCCAAAGUUACCAAACACGACUUGAAGGAGUUUUUUAGCAAGUACGGAGAUGUUCUUUCGGCAAGGGUUAUAGUGGACAUAGUGACCGGAAUGUCUCAGGGAUACGGUUUUGUGGAAAUGAAGAGCAGAGACGAUGCUAGAAGAGUUCUGAGACGAGCUGCGGAUGUUACAUUAAAGGGAUACAAUUUGUUUAUCGACUACGAAUGCGGUCGAACCAUGAAGGGUUGGAAACCAAGAAGACUAGGAGGUGGUUUCGGUGGCAAAAAGGAAUCUGGACAGUUGAGAUUCGGUGGCAAGGACAGGCCGUUCAAACGACCAAUCGUACCUAAUAUUAUAAAACCAAACAGAUAACUGACGAUGACUGAUCCUGAAACUCUCUUAUCGCGUUUAUUUCCAUCUAUUUGUAUCAUUUCACUUGGAUCGCUUCGCUAUUUUGUUACUGGAAGCAAAUAAAACACUGUGCAAAAUGUA